ACCCUGACGAUCCUUCCUUGACGACUUGCAGGUGACUUCUCUUCUCUAGAUUUUAUACAUGUAGCCUUGUACCUUUGAGUUUUUAAUGAAAGAACUAGAUCUGUUUCAGUGAUGCUGCUGAUUUUUUGGACUGAAUAUUCAGUUAGAGUUUGGAGUUGGAGUUUUAAGCCAGAGAAAGCAGGUCUAUGACAUUUGAGGGAUUCCUCAGGUACAUGGAGUCCAAAGACUGCUGCGUGUUCGACCAGACCCAUGCUUCAGUGUACCAAGACAUGGAUCAGCCUCUCACCAGCUACUUCAUCUCCUCAUCACACAACACCUACCUGACUGGGGAUCAGCUAGUAGGAAAAAGCCACUUGGAUGCCUAUGUUUGUGCUCUGAGGAAAGGCUGUCGCUGUCUGGAGAUUGACUGCUGGGAUGGGCCAGAUAUGGAGCCUGUAGUCUACCAUGGCCACACCCUGACCACAAAGAUACUCUUUAAGGACGUCAUCACCACUGUGGAGCAACAUGCCUUUGAGGUGUCUGCUUACCCAGUGAUCCUGUCGUUGGAAAACCAUUGCUCCCGGGAGCAGCAGGAGGUCAUGGCCCAGUAUCUCAUCUCUAUCCUGGGGGAGAAGCUGCUGAGCGCUCCCUUGGAUCACCCAACCACUGGAGACCUCCCAAGUCCAAAUAAGAAGAAGAUAGUGGUGGCCGAGGCUUUAUCUGACCUUGUCAUAUACACCAGGUCUGUCAAGUUCAUCAGCUUCAGUCAGUCUAAGGAUAAUCAGAACUACUAUGAGAACACGUCUAUGGGAGAGAAGAAGGCACGCAAGCUAGCCAAAGCCUCAGGUACAGAUUUUGUUCAGCAUAACCAGAAGUUCCUCAGCAGGAUUUACCCGGCAGGCUCGAGGACAUCUUCGUCCAACUACAACCCUCAGGAAUUUUGGAACGUUGGCUCACAGCUCGUGGCUCUCAAUUUCCAGUCUCUGGGUUUGCCUAUGGACCUUAAUGAUGGCCGUUUCCAGGACAACGGGGGCUGUGGAUACAUCCUGAAGCCGGCAGUGCUCAUGUCCAGUCAGAGGAGCUUUGAUCCGGGCUGUAGCCAGCACAGACUAAAACCAACACACCUGCUGCUCAAGGUAAUCAAUGGGUCCAACCUACCUGUCCCCAGGAGUGGCAAAGCUCUGGACCCCUUUGUCAGAGUGGAGACUCAUGGGAUUGCAUCUGACUCCCGCAGAAAAAACACACAUACCGUCAAAAACAAUUCUCUGAAUCCUCACUGGGAUGCUGACAUGAACUUCAGCAUCAGCGUCCCCGAGCUCUGCCUCAUCCGCUUCUGUGUCCGAGAUCAGACCGGCCUCCUCAGCAGUGAGUUCGUGGGCCAGUACACUCUGCCCUUCACCAGCCUGAAGAAAGGCUACCGCUGGGUGCCUCUGCAGUCCCGAGACGGAUGCAGCCUGGAUCCAGCCUCCCUCUUCGUCUUUGUCUGGUAUUCCUAAAAACAGCUCUCGAUAUCAGACUC